GGAGCCCAGGCCCCGCCUCUCCUCCCUUACCCGGGACCCUCGACCGGGCAGCCAGCAGAGCUUCCAAGCACCCUGCGGAGUCCAUCAUCGACCCCAGAGGGAACGAGCAACAUGGCGGCGGCGGCCCAGCCCGAGAACCUCUCCUUGGUAGUUCACGGAGCCGGGGACCUGCGGCUGGAGAACUACCCCAUCCCUGAACCAGGCCCAAAUGAAGUGCUGCUGAAGAUGCAUUCAGUUGGAAUCUGCGGCUCAGAUGUCCACUACUGGCAGCAUGGUCAAAUUGGGGAUUUCAUUGUGAAAAAGCCCAUGGUGCUGGGGCAUGAAGCUUCAGGAACAGUUGUAAAAGUGGGAUCGCUGGUAAAGCACCUAAAAGCAGGUGACCGUGUUGCCAUUGAGCCUGGUGCCCCCAGAGAAACUGAUGAAUUCUGCAAGAUUGGCCGAUACAAUCUGUCCCCAUCUAUCUUCUUCUGUGCCACACCCCCUGAUGAUGGGAACCUCUGCCGAUUCUACAAGCACAAUGCAGAUUUCUGCUACAAGCUUCCUGACAACCUCACUUUUGAGGAAGGGGCCCUGAUUGAGCCUCUGUCUGUCGGGAUCCAUGCCUGCCGGCGAGCUGGAGUCACCCUGGGGAACAAGGUCUUUGUCUGUGGAGCUGGGCCAAUUGGACUGGUCACUUUGCUUGUAGCCAAGGCAAUGGGAGCUGCUCAAGUGGUGGUAACUGAUCUGUCUGCCUCUCGGUUGUCCAAAGCCAAGGAAUUAGGGGCCGAUCUCAUCCUCCAGGUCUCCAAGGAGAGCCCUCAAGAAAUUGCCAGUAAAGUAGAAAGUCUGCUGGGAUGCAAGCCGGAAAUCACCAUCGAGUGCACGGGGGCAGAGGCCGCCAUCCAGGCGGGCAUCUACGCCACCCGUUCUGGUGGGACCUUGGUGCUGGUGGGGCUGGGCCCCGAGAUGUCCACCGUGCCCCUCGUGCAUGCGGCUACCCGGGAAGUGGAUAUCAAAGGCGUGUUUCGAUACUGCAACACAUGGCCGAUGGCAAUUUCAAUGCUUGCAUCCAAGUCCGUGAAUAUUAAGCCCUUGGUCACCCAUAGGUUUCCUCUGGAGAGAGCUCUGGAGGCCUUUGAAACAUCCAGAAGGGGACUGGGGCUGAAGGUCAUGCUCAAGUGUGAUCCCAAUGACCAGAAUCCCUGAUGUUAAUUGGGGUCUGCCCUCAUUCCCACCCUCCCAGUAUUUCGGGGGCUGAAUGGCUGGGCAGGGGUAGGCUUUGAUGCUGAAGUUUCUUUUUGAAUGGUGAUAGUAAUUGCAAUAAUUCAUUAUAAUUAGGGAGCCUUACGCAAAGGAGGAGUGUAAUUUAAUGCCUUCCAGAUACUAGUAGAGAUUGUUUGGGGGAACUUAUAGCCAUGAUGACCUGUUCAUGCUGAGCAAAGUUCAAGUGGAGCAGAGUUUGACAGGCAGUUGCUGGAAACUCCCCUUCUUCCUGGAGAGCCUUAGUUGAGCAAGGAGGGCAGAUUGCCUGUUGAGUUCCUGCUUCUACCAUGACUGUGGCCAGGUGCAGGGUGGGGGUGGGUUAUGAGGAGACAGCUUCAUCAAAAUGUAACUGGCCUGAAGCUGAUUUUCCUGAAAAUCUGCAACUCCAAGUCUGUUUUUCCACAUUUUUCGUUUAGAGCCCAGUGUUUCUGGAAGUAAUUGCUAUUUGAUUUAAUGAUAAAAGGAGAAAGAGAAAAGGACCUAGCCUUCCUGGAUCCAGGAUAAUUUUAAAACCAAUCAAAUAAAACCAAAAUCCUAUGUGAGAUCAGACCAGCUUGUAUUCCCCAAAUGUGGAAAUAGUUAGGGGCCUUCUCAUCACUGCUUGAAGAUUGCCUUUUUUCAACUCCUAAGAAUUCUGUGUAAUUUAAUUUGCAGGAUGAAAAACCACCUUUCCCAUCACUCCCCACCCCCAGCCCUAGGCAAACUCCGGGGCAGCCACUGUGGGCUCCCUUGUUGCUAGGCAGCCAGGAGAGUCCUACCUAAGGACGGUCAUGGUGAGACUUGAAAUUGCCAAAGUUGUUUGGUCGGUCUUCCCCAGCCCACGGGAUUAGCACUUCCUUCUAGGCCCUCUUGAACUCACUAAUGAUUAUUAGACAAUUCCAUUUAAUUCUGGUAAUUAUAAACGGAAAACCUUCCUGUUCUCAAAAGCAGUGAAGGUUCUAUUUCUGGACCUGUGGCCAGACCAAUCUUAUUUUAAUUGUGGGGUUGUCCAUGUAAGAUUUGGAUCCAAGUCACAUCAUGCCCACUUCUGACUUUGAGAUAAUUCAUCAAGGAGGAUACAGUAGCUGUGACAUAGCUUAGACUUUGAGCUUUAAUUUCUCACUUCAGCUGGGGAGGAGUGUGGUUUCAAGAGGUUCUGGUUUUCUUGUGAUGAAGGAAGGCUGACCAGUGCCUGGAAUUUGUCAAACUGCUUAGGGUAAUAAAUUCUGCUUUCGUGCUCCGACUACCA